CUCUGCCUCUAGAUAAUUUUGUGGCUGCGAUUGUUUGGACACGCAAAGGCAAUCGCUCGAAUGGGUUUAUUUUCGGAUAUUGCUGUUUACUUCAGGGAUUCGGGUUUUGGGCUUGUAGUAAAUUACGCCAACGACAUGAAUGGAGCCAGCCCUUGGGUGUUGGAAGCAGUGAUGCGAAGGUAUAGUAAGCUCCUAUCGUUUACAAUAAUAGUAUGUUAGCCUUAAACAAGCGAGAUAAGUUCUCCAGUUCCAAUCAAUCGAUGACUUUUGCCUUCGGUACACUUGGGUAUACCUCAACCAAUUCCAAUCUUGAAUAGUACCCGUGCUCCGUCUCAUCACUGGCUGACGUCCUUUUACUUUCUCCUGAGCCAAUCGCACACAUCGCGGACAGCCCACAGCAACUGCUGGGGAAAUCCGCCCGACAGGCGCCUCUGACGUUGGCGAAACUGUGAUUGUGGGUCACACCACUGCCAUCGACACCACUGGGAGUUGGGAGCAGCAACUCCUUGGGCCCCAUGGGCUGCGUUGUGGGGAUGCGUGUACAGUAUUGCUAACGUUGCCUGCCAUGCAGCAACAAUGGGAAAACUUUAAUGAGUACAAGUUCCUGCCAAAACGAAAAGACAGCCAGGCAGGCAGUGAGCGGCAGGCAAAGGGAUAGUGGGAGGUAGGGACGGAGAGGUGUAUUUGCUGCAGCGUAGUCCGCAGCCAGUCAAACGAACCGAGCACGCCACGCGUUGCGGACGGAUUGCCUGGAUUUCCGUAAACAGAGCUCUCCUUCGGGGAGUAGAAGAGUAGACGUGGACGAGUAUGAAACCGGGAUUCGAAACCACCGACGAGGGCGAGGAAAAUGGCGACGCACUGGAUCAUCGCGAGGGGGAUCCCCGACCGCUGCCCUACGAUUUCGAAAAGGAGCUGAUCCAUAGAUCUAAUCGGCACAUCCGACUUUACGAAACCUUUGUUCCAGUGAGCCAAGUUCAUCCGCUAACCCGGAAGUUCUACGCCCAGUAUGAGCAACGCCAACCGACGGAUACCUUGAGGUACCUUCGGCACACUUGGCCAGAGAAGCAUGUGGAGCGUCAGAGGCAGCUCGUAAAAGCGGUUCCGCUCCUGGAGUCGCAGGUGUACGGCUGGUUGCCUCUCAAAAGUGGAGAGCGGGCCGCCGAUCUGAACUUUCUGCAUGCCAAGAAACUGCGCUGCGGCAUGACUGUUCACGGGGAGCGCUUGGUGGCGGAGAGGAUUACGGCGCGUCCUCCGUUUAAUGGACUUAGAUUCCUGCUUCACUAAUCCUGCGGCUAAGAAGUGUCACACGUCACUAUAAAUAUACAAUUUAUUUUUAACAUCAAGUGUUUAUAUUUUUUUUUAACAAAUUUAUUAUGAUUAAAAUGCAAAACUAAACCACGCUAGAUCGUUAUUAAGAAA